UAAACGCAACAUUUUGAUCGUCUUUGAACGCAGCUUAAAGUCAACCAGUUGCUAGGUAACGGAACCUAAACAACAGCGGUUAAAGGUAUAAACGAGGUGCUAAAACUAGCUAGUGGGCCGAAAUACAUAUGAUGGACGAGGAGACAGUGAAAGCUUAUACAGAAGCAGAUCCUGUAAAUAAGACUGAGGCUAUGACUGAACGAAUCGACCUAAAUGAGCCUCUGACUAACAAAGCGGGUGCAGUGGCGUCAAGCAUCUCUCCAGUUACCAGCAUCAUAAACAGGGACCCCACAGGAGCUGAGCCCAUAGUGAUGAAUGAGGAGACUCUGAGGAUAGCGGUGGAAGCCCAAGCGCUUGAAGAUCGGGUCACAAGUGUUACCAAAAAAGAGGGAAUUGAAUUUAAUCAAGUUCUUAAACUAAGGAUAGAAUACAAAGACAUUUUAAUGAUUGAUCACUUAUCUGACUUCACAUCCUUGACCAAGCUUGAUUUGAACAACAACCUCAUAGAGAGGAUUGAGGGGCUGGACUAUCUUACUAAUCUGACAUGGCUCAAUUUGUCAUUCAACAGAAUUGGGAGAAUUCAGGGUCUGGAGUCUCUCGAGAAGCUCGAGGUGCUGAAUUUGGCCAACAACAGAAUCUGUGUCAUUGAAAACAUGGACAAACUUGAGAGACUGACUCAUUUCAUCAUCGCAAACAACCUCAUCAGACAACUGGACAAUGUGCUCUAUCUCAGGAGGUUUAAGAACCUUUUCACUCUCACGAUAUCUGGAAAUCCUUUCUCCACGGAGGAUGAUUACAAACUGUUCAUUGCUGCUUACUUUCCAAAUCUGACGUGCAUUGACUACAGGAAAAUAACUGAACAGGCCAAAAAUGAAGCAUCUGUCAAAUACAAAUAUGUCCUUGAGGAACUGAGAAGCAAAGAGCUGGAUGAACAACAAGCCGCUAAUGCUGAACAAAGCAGAAAAGCUGAACUUCAGUUACACAAGGAUGCCUUUGUGGAGUUCCUCAACGGGUCGCAUCUGUUUAAGAACAUGUUAAAAGAUGAUCCAGAAGCAGAGACAUUGCACUCUAUGCCUGAAGUGGCACAACAGCUUCAAACGUUUGAAAGCCAAAUGGUGGAGCUGUGUAUGCAGCUAUUUGAAACAGGCCUGGCUGAGCAUAAGCAAAGAGAGACAGAAGUCAAUUCCUUACUAAGUGUUCGGGACAGGACUGUGACAAACUACCAACAGAAGGCGUCACACGUUCUGGCAAAUUUUGAGCAGCAGCACAAAGCGAGAAUAAUAAACCUGCAGCAGUUGUCAGAACCAGAGAAAAUAAACGAGUGUAACCAGUGCGAUGAUGAACUCGACCAACUCAGUAAAAGCCUCAUGUCUCUAGAAUUUCAGCUGGUCAGCCAGGUGGAGGAUACCAUCAAAAUGUUGGAUGAAAACCUCUCAAACAUGGUUGGCAACUUCACUGAAACAGUACAAGGAAUAUUUGCUCAGUGUCGAGACCUGGAGGAUAAUUACUUUCAGAAUGUGCGAAGGAUUGCUACCGCAACUCUGGAAAAAGUAGCCAGGGACAAACUGGAGGAAGACGCGUCAGGUGAUGUUAAAAUGUUAUUUACAGACAGAGACACUGUGAUGGAUGCACUGGCCACGGCCCACGACAACCACCUGCUGAAGAUCAACGACCGGGAAACCGUGUUGCUAACACGUCUUAAUGCCUGGAAAGCAGCUCUUAUUAAAAGAAUUGAAGACGAAGAACUGAAGAAAAAUCGUAUGCGCAUGUCAGAUAUCUAUAGAUAUGUUACCCAUGUAAAGGACCAGCUCACGGAGCUGCUGUAAUUUUAACAACCAUGUUGUUGUAAUCUGUGAAGUCCGUCCUAUCUGUUGGUGCAUCCCUUGAUGUUCCCGUUGCUGAAAAUAGUUCUCUAUUACUUAAAUACGCAUGCUAAACAAUCAGUGAAUGUAGAACUGAAACAAUAACAUGCAGUAUGUGAAUUAAGUGUAUAUAAAAUAAACGUUUGAAACGGCCA